AUGAAGCUUCUCGUUGUAUUCUUGAGCCUUUUUCUGGUCUCCAAGGCCGAAGUGUCUUGGUUCAGUCCAGAGAAGAAUGUAACCUGUGUCGGACACGACAACGGCGACAUUACCUGUGAUCCAGGGCAGCAAGCCCAAGUCGAGUCCGUCUCUCUCGAACAAGCCGUCACGCCUGCUAUCCGUGGACGAUCUGCCGAUCCCCUCGAUAAGCGCGUCACUUGCGGAAUCGACGAGCGCCUCUGCUUCGUUCACUGCUUCGCCAUUGGAUAUUGCAACUCCAACUGCGAUGAUAAGGGUAUCUGUAGAUGCAAUUGCUAUGACAAGAGCCCGUGGCCUUUGGUGUGUACCAAGACUACUUGCUCUUAA